AUGCCGGCCCCUAUCGACCCCGAGAGCAUUUACACCAAGCAAUCAUGUAUUGGUGGUGGAAGCUUCGGCAAGGUCUACAAAGGAGUUGAUAGAAGGACUGGAGAAUCAGUCGCGAUCAAGAUUAUUGAUGUCGAAAAUGCCGAAGACGAGGUGGACGACAUCAUUCAGGAGAUCGCGAUCCUGUCCGAACUGAAAUCUCCAUACGUGACCAAGUACCACGGAUCAUAUUUGAAAGGCUCUCAUCUAUGGAUCAUCAUGGAAUUCUGCUCUGGCGGCAGUUGCCAUGGCCUUCUACGUGCUGGAGUGAUUGCCGAAGAAUACAUUGCAAUCAUCUUACGGGAGCUUUUGCGAGGAUUGGACUACCUGCACAGUGACCAUAAGCUGCACCGGGAUAUCAAGGCUGCAAACAUUCUUCUUAGCGCAAGCGGGCAGGUCAAACUAGCUGACUUUGGUGUUUCGGGACAACUCUCUGCGACCAUGACCAAGAAGAACACAUUCGUCGGAACGCCUUUCUGGAUGGCCCCUGAGGUCAUCAAACAGUCGGGCUACGAUUAUAAGGCAGAUGUCUGGUCUUUGGGAAUUACUGCCAUCGAAUUGGCAUGUGGAGACCCUCCAUAUGCAGACAUCCAUCCAAUGAAGGUGUUAUUCUUGAUCCCUAAGAACCCUCCUCCCACUCUCAAUGGCAAUUUCACCAAGCCUUUCAAGCAGUUUGUGGAGCUGUGCCUGCGUCGGGAUCCAAAGGAGCGUCCUUCCGCCAAGGAGUUGCUCGAGCAUCCAUUCGUCAAACGUGCUAAAAGAACUACAUACCUGACAGAGCUUAUCGAACGCGCAGAGCGCUGGCAAGCGACUCAUCGCGGCCAGGAAGAUGACCAAGACGACUACGAUGAGAUUGGUGAACCGGUUUACGAGAAAACCGAAGCGCACGAAGAUCUUUGGGACUUUGGCACCGUACGUCCCGCUGGACGAGAUCCUGGUCCACCUUUACGACCACUGAAUGACUCGAACAUCAAUUCGCGCACUACAGAGACAGAUGAGUGGGAUUUGGGUGAUGAGACUGCCAAAAAUAUGCCUGGAUCUCGUCCAGUAAUGCAGCAGGCUAAGCCAGCCAACCCCGCUGUUGAACUCUCUCCAUCGGAAACUCCCCUUCCGCCCUCUGCACCAUCUUCUCCUUUGAAGAGCAAGUGUUCUGCACAGCCAGCGGCUUCUCCACGCAAUCAUCGUCCUGUUCCGACGUCCAACACACCCAGAGAAGAUUCUCCUGGCAGGAGCUACAAUGAGCGAUACACAAAGGCAAUGCUGGAUUACGCAAGUAACCUGGGCCCUGAUCCUGUACCACAUAAGCAAUCUCCCUUUGCAGCUGGGUCACGGUCUGCGAGACCUGUACAGUCCCCCAAUAAUAUCGCACCAGAGCAACCUCGGUCUCCUACCAUCCAGGUUGCUAGAAAGCCCGCUCCUCUUCAACGCCCCCUUCCCAAUGCCCCAGCUAGCCCAGCACUCUACAGACCGUCGUCUCAAGCGAGCCUGCAGCAACAGCCCGAGGCAUCCCCAGGUGUGAAACCUGUGUCUGGGCUAAAAUCCAAGCUCGCACCAGGCAGGCAGGAUGAGCGGUAUGCAAGGAAGCAUACUGCGACCCAACUUCCUCGCGUAAAUGAUCAUCCGAAGCAGCCUCCUAACCCCCCGAAGGCUCCAGCUGAGAACGAACGAGCGACUGCUUAUGGCUCCAUCAUCGUCCCCGCUCUUCGGGCAGCCAUGAACCGACGCGGUCGCCACCUAGCCCGCCUUGAGCCCGGGCGAAACCAAAACCCGAGCGAUAGCCAGCCCACAGCCGAGGAGGAGAAAAACUGGGAACGCAGUGUCCACAUUCAUCGCGGUAUGGAGCAGCUGGCAGAUGAUAUAGCAAAGUCCUUCGCCAACCUUCAUCGCUGGGAUUCGGAAGCCCCAGUGCAAAUGGAGGGAGGCGUCGAUGCAGUGCUUGACGCUUUUCUAGAAGAAGUCCUGGUGCGGCUUCAACCUAAUCCUUUAUGA